AUGGAUGAAGAAUUUAAAACACAAGCCCUUGACUCCACUCUUCAAAGUCCAUCAGAGACAUUACUUUCCAUUCGACUGUUAGACUUUAAAACAAGUUUAUUGGAGGCAGUAGAAGAACUGCGUAUAAGAAGGGAAUCAGAGAUUAAUUAUGAAGAUCAAAUAAGUAAAAUGGUUGUAGAGAAGCAGGAACUUGAAUGGCAGAAGGAAAGUCUGCAGCUUCAGACGGACACAUUGCAACAACAAAAUAAAGAAGCUGUGGCAGCUUUUAAAAAACAGUUACAAGCAAGGAUGUUUGCCAUGGAAGAAGAAAAGGGAAAAUAUCAACUUGCUGUGGAAACAAAAGAAAAAGAAAUUGAUGGACUUAAAGAAGCAUUAAAAGCAUUACAGAUUUCAAAGUACACUUUACAAAAGAAACUAAAUGAAAUGGAUCAAAAAUUACAGAUGCACUUAACAGCUAAAGAAGAGCAUCAUAAGAAACUGAAUGAAAUUGAAAGGUGUUAUGCUACUAUUGCAUGUCAGUUUGGAAUUGUAAAAGGUGUUCAUGGAAAACUAGAGCACAGUGUACAGGAAGCUAUACAGCUCAAUAAGAAACUAACAUCAGUGAACAAAAGACAAGAGACUGAGAUAAGUAAUCUGAAGGAAGAACUGAAGAAAGUAACUACAGACUUGAUAAGGUCCAAGGUCACAUCUCAGUACAUGGCGGGAGAAGAAAACAUCAAUCUUGCAGCAAAGGAAAAACAGUUUCAAGAACUGCAACAAAAAAUCAGAAUGGAAACAGCAGUUGGUAAAAAAGUUCAAGAAGAAAAUGCUCACAUUAAAGAAGAAAAGCUGGAAAUUCUCAGCUCUCUACAAUGUGUGCAGGAGCUGCUUCAGAGAACAACCCAAACGAAUGUUAGAAUGGAAAGUGAAUUAAAUGCACUGAAAGAAGACUAUCAGACCCUUGAAAGAGAUAAUGAGCUGCAAAGGGAGAAGGCAAAGGAAAAUGAAGAAAAGUUCCUUAAUCUUCAGAAUGAGCAUGCAAAAGCACUAAGGACUUGGAAAAAAAAUGAGGAAAACAUGAGAAAAGAAAUAGACACUAUUAAAAAUGAGCUGAAUUCUCUUAAAGGAGUUCAUAGACUUCUUGAAGAUCAUCAUCCUCCUCAGGGAAAUCAGCCUUCUGAGCAAGUGGAAAAUCUUAAGGUGAAUUCAGCAGUUCAGCCCAUACUAACAAAUAUGAGUGGUCAAGAACACUUAAAGGACAGUGAAAUACAGGCUGUUCAGAAAGAAAAGGAGUGUAUGCAAUCUAUAAGACAAGAUGGUCAUUUUGGACAUGAAGAAGAAACUGAAGUAAAAAAACCAGUGGACUGCUCUUUAAGUACUGAGGAACAACAGAUAGAACAAAAUUUACAAGUUCUUGAAAACAGUUUUAAGGAUGAAAUUAAUGUUGCCAGCCCUUAUGAAGAAAAGCAAAGGGAGGCUUCUCCCAGGAACACCCUCUGCACAGAUACUGAUUUAAUUACCCAAGGACAGACCUCAGAAAUACAUGUCACCGAGUGCAAAGAAGCAGAAAAUCUAGGAGCAACACAUACAACAUUACUGGAGGAAAACGAUGCAAAUUUAGAACAACAGGUACAGGACAGCACUGAGCCAUUGGCAACAUGCCACACAGAAACCAGAAAGGUCUUUCUAGACACUAAGGGCACUGUAGGUGCCUACAAGAAAAAUGAAAGUCAUGAAACUGACUCCAGCAAGGAAGAACUGUGCAAUAAUGCAGAUGAAUCAAUUUGUCCUAAGGCAGAUAAGAAAUCGAAUGCCAUGCAACGCACCAAAAGUAUCCUUACACCUGAAGCACCCAAACCCAAGUCUGUAGUGGUUCUUUGCAGUGAGAACACUGUGUGUGAGAGAACUGCAGAUAAUCAUCAAGUUAAGGAAUUAAGUUUUGGCAUCCCAUCUUACAUUAAAGAAAAUACUCAAGCAGAAUACCAAAAAUGUAGCUUGCUGGAUAGUGUAGGCAAUGGAUUACAUAAAACAGAAAAAACCUUGUUAAAUCUGAGUGGUCUACUUAGAGAUGAGCUUCCUUUUAAACAGACACAGGCAGAUGCUGAAGACAGAAACCAUCAUGACAAUGCCAGAAAUGUAACCAGCAAUGGUGCACUAAGGAGUACUGGUGUUCCAGCAGCUGAUGCACAAAAUCUACCAACAGUGUAUUGUGAUAAUGCAAUAAUCAGUGAUGAUGCCACAAAAGAACACAGUGAUAAUAUUUCUCUCUUGGAUACUUUCAAUUUAUGCUCCUCCAAAAUAGAAAGAGGAAUAAACAUGGAUGACACGUGCAGCCAGCAGCCAGAACAAGAGAGUACUGAACAAGCAGGGAAUGCUACAAAUACAGACACUUUGAAGGCUGAUGCCAUUUCUCUAGUAAAGGCUGAUGGUCUUGAAAAAAAUGCUCAUGCAAAACCCCCAACAGAAAAUAUUAGUACAGAUAAAUUAAUUACAUGUAAAAAAGUUAAUUAUGAUAUUCAGAUACACUCCAUAAAAAAUGGACUUUCCCUGGAGAUUAAUAAUUCAACAAGUAACACAUCAUUUAAAGAGAAAAAAGACUUGCUGAAUAGUACAGUUCCAGGAAGGAAGUUUGCUGAGGGUCACCUGAAAGAAUCAUGCUCUUUAGCCAUGAGAACAUCUGGAAAUUUAGUAAACAUAAGUGGAAGGUCAUCCUUUGAUCUUUCAACCUCAGAUAAAAAAGCUGAGAAAACUCCAGUAUACUUAAAUUUUUUACUCUCCAGUUCUUGUUCAAAAGUAAAUCAAAUGAGAGGUCAAGCUACAUGGACUUCAGCUUCCAAAGAACCUUCCCUUUUGAAACUACCAUGCUUAGUGGAAAACACAGAGGUUGUUUCAAAACUACAGUGUCAAAACAUCACUGAAAAUGUUGACCGAAGAGAAACAGGAGUAGGUUUCACCAGUUUUAACAGAGCUGCCGACACGUUGAAUACCUCUAGUAUCCAACCAGACCCCCAGGGAGACCCUGGUGAAGAAUGGAAUGCUACAGCAAAGACUUUUUAUGAUUCUUCUUUUCCCACAGAACAUAUGAGAUUUGCUGCCUUGCAGCACGAGCAGAAGUCUUCUCACACAACUGUAACUCCAGCAAGUGAAAGUGCACUGAGGGAUGAGGACAGCUGUUCAAAUUGUAACUCCACUGUGCAAACCCAAAUAGAAGAAAUUGAGAAACUCCUGAAUUUGGAGAGACUUCAUUCAGCAAGAAAAAGAAAAUACGAAGAAGGCGAGUGA